AUGGAUGCGUUAAGGGCCAAAAGAUGUGAUGUUUCAAACUGUUGUCUGCUUUGUGAAACAGGUUUGGAAUCGGUGCCUCAUUUGUUUGCUAACUGUGCCUUUGUUUCUCAAUGUUGGAUGCUUUUAGGUGUUAACUCAAAUACUCAAAUUUGGAAUUCUUUGCUUGAGUUUCUGAACUGGUUGGAUUCUAGUAGAAAUGCAAAUAGAAAGGAGAUGUUUAUUAUGGUGUUAUGGAGUGUGUGGCAUGCGAGAAAUAAUUUGCUUUGGAAUGAUGUUAAAGAAUCACCCAAACAGGUGGUUAAUCGAGCUAGCAGUGUUCUCCAUCAAUGGCAGAUGGUUCAAAAGGCAUCGAUGCAAGUGGUCCUAGAAAAUGAGUUUGGGGGAGGCUUAUUGAGUUGGGAAAAACCGAAGGAAGGCUGGUCAAAGGUUAACGUUGACGCUGCUUGUUUUAGGACUGCUCCCUGGACAGGAUUUGCAGCAGUAGAACGUGAUGCGAGGGGCUUUUGGGUUUCUGCAAUUUCAGACACGAAGAUGGAACAUUUGGCUCCGGUAAUCGCAGAAGCUUGGGCUCUUAAGGAGGCACUUUCAUGGAUCAAGAACAGAAAUAUGAGUAAUGUUGUUGUGGAAGUGGAUUGCCUGCAGAUUGUUCAACUCCUAAGCAGCGAUAUUCAACCUACUUCUUAUCUUCUCUGUUUGUUAGUUGAUUGUGUUGAUGUUUUAAAAACCUUGAUGAAUGUAAAGGUUUAUUUUGUUUACCGUUCUGCGAAUUCUGUUGCUCACUCUCUAGCGAGAUCAACAAGUUCUAUGUCAGGACGACGGGUGUGGUCUGAUGAUCCACCAGAAUUUCUUUUGAAUGUACUGUUGUCUGAUUUAAAUCAAUGA